AUGUCAGAUUUUUCUACAUUGGCAUACGUGUCGGGGUGAUAUAAACGAAUUUAGAAAUUAAUAUUCUUUCACAUAGUUACAAAGAAUUUAACCGCUGUAAUAAGUAUAAUCAUGAGUAAAUGUUUAGUUACCUCAAUUGUGCUGCUUUGUGUUCUACAAACAACAUUUGGCCUUUACUUCCACAUAGCAGAAACAGAGCGAAAAUGUUUUAUAGAAGAAGUUCCUGAUGAGACCACCGUCAUCGUGAACUACAAAGUGGAACUAUACGACCCGCGGUCUAAUGGUUUUAUGCCCUCCUCUCCCGGUAUUGGCAUGCAUGUGGAAGUACGUGAUAGCGACGAUAAAGUUAUACUCUCACGCGUUUAUAGUUCUGAAGGUCGCAUCUCCUUUACUUCACAUAUACCCGGUGAACAUGUAAUUUGCAUGUAUUCGAAUAGCACAGCUUGGUUUAGUGGUGCACAAUUGCGUGUCCAUUUGGAUAUACAGGUGGGCGAGCACGCCAUCGAUUACGCGAAUGUUGCACAAAAAGAGAAAUUGACUGAAUUACAAUUGCGCAUACGUCAAUUACUUGAUCAAGUGGAUCAAAUCACCAAAGAACAGAACUAUCAACGUUAUAGGGAGGAGCGUUUCCGUCAUACAAGUGAAAGCACCAACUCGCGCGUUUUAUGGUGGUCAUUGGCACAAACUUUUGUUUUGGUCUGUAUGGGAUUCUGGCAGAUGCGACACUUAAAGAGCUUCUUCGAGGCGAAGAAACUAGUGUAAAGAUUUAUAACCAACGAAUACGCGGGUGAAUACGAAGACAGUACGAAGGCGAAUUGUUAUAAUUAGUAAAAGUCAUUUUUGAAUAUACAUCCACUCGCAGAAGUUAUACUAAUUAAAAUAUUCAGAAAAAUUGAUUUGUUCAUUA